GAGCUGAUGGAGACAAACAGAAGCAGCUGAAAGAUGAAGACCUCACUGGUUGUGUUGAUUCCGUCCCUCUUCUAUCUUUGUGUGGCUGAAGUCCAGCAGCUGGAUCAACGAGCAGAGGAGGACAAUGGCACAGACGUCGAGCAAGCUUCUGUCUGUGGUGGAGACGUGACGGGGAGCAGGACAAAGGGCCAACUUGUUGUCAUCUUAAGAGAACUGGAGGCCAAACUGAGAAACACUGAGAAACAAUUAGAAGAUCUGAGAGGAGAGGUCCGAGGUAACCGGGUGGCAUUCGGAGCAUCUCUUGGCAUUGAUGGAAAUAUUGGACCCUUCAACACUGAGAUCACACUGGUCUACAAGAAUGUCUUCUCAAACAGCGGCUCAUACAACCCUGGAACAGGUAUUUUCACCGCUCCAGUCAGAGGAGUCUACUACUUCAGCUUCUCUGGCCAUAAUAUAUCAACUAGAUCAAUGUGGCUGUUUCUGAUGAAGAAUGGAGAGACAAUGAUUCAUAUUGCCAACCAUCCAGCUGGAAACCGCCAUGAGACAGCAACCAACGGCAUGACUCUGCAGCUCGAUGUUGGAGACCAGGUGUACGUGAGACUCCAGCGAAACACCUGGAUUUUUGAUAAUGGCAAUAAACACGGCACCUUCAUUGGCUAUCUGCUAUUUCCUCUGUAAGUUAAAAUCAAGUAAAACAUAAAUAAAAGAGAGCAGGGUUUAAAUCAGGAGGAACAGGUAAUGGGGUCAUGGUGGUAAUCAUUGCUGCAGGUGAUGGAUAAACAGCCCCACAACUGGCUCAUAAAGUU